CGGCUGUAAAAUUUAGAGCGAACUGAAAUUAGGGUUUGCUUCUCACAAGCCUGGCUAGCUUCGCAGCCAGCCAGCUCGAGCUCCUGUCUUUGCAAAUCCCAGACCUAUGACAAUGUACGCUCAACAUUCUUCCAUCGAGCUCUGUUUCUCUCUCGCAAUUUGCUCCAAUACCGUUAUCCACACCUCGUGCAAGAGACUUUUGUAAUCCUUGUUCACAACUGGAGAUACCCACCGCGGAGAAGGUUGAAAAGCACUCCGCUGCAGCUCUACGUGCAACUGCAGGGCCUUGGAAACCAGCACGCGAUGACCGAGGCCCAAAAGUAUGAUGAUGGCCCCCCGCCAUUGGAGGACAUGUCUGAAAAGCUGGCGGCUUUGCGGUUCAAGAAACGGCAAGAAGAAGCCAAGAAGGGGACCGGUCGCCUGAAUCUUGACGACCUGAUCAAACCCGAAAACGCCAAUCGUCGGCUCGAGGCAGCCGCCGCCGCCCUUGGCAAACCGCCUGGCAAUGAACCAGCUGCACCGGAAAGUGCGCCAGCCGCAAAACCGCUGAAACGGGGUUUCUUUGAUGCGCCCCCUGCCAAGAAGGGACCGGCAAGAGAAGCGAAGAUGCCGGUUCUGAAAGCGAAGCCACCGAACGCUCAGGAUGGGAAGCGCAUACCUGACUUCCUGCGAGUGAAGCAGGAGCCCACCAAGCUGGACGACAUGAAAAAGAAGAUGAUCGACGUUUUGCAACCCACGCCGGAUCUGCUGAAAGACGUGGUCGCGAACAAAGAAGUGGCGACCGGGCUCGACGAUCCAGAAAUCAUGGCCGCGGUUGCGGAGAUUGCGAAGGACCCGUCAGCGAUCAAAAAGUACGCCCACAACAGAAAGAUUGUAGCGUUUUACUCGGAGAUGGGCAAGUUGAUGGGGAGCAGGUUAGAAAAAGCUGGUCAAAGGACGUGAAGGCCCGUUUUCAUUUUGCUCACAUGUAUAUAGCGAGGCGGAAAUGUUAUGCAUGGAGGAUCGCAUCCGGGCCCGCGUCGAUUCUCGUGCCGAGAUAUGUAGUCAGUCUCGAGCUCCAAAAUGAUUACACUGGCAGCUAGGCAUGCGCUUCCUAGGCUACUGAACUCGAAGCGUCGCAAGAUCGCGAGCUGGCAAACCAUGAUACUAAACUGCAUCAUUUGUGAAUACAAUAUAAAUGCAGACGUUGUCAAGACUAGCACAUUCCCGGCUCGGGUUCGCAAACAUAGUCACG